CCAAUUUUAUUAGAGUGACUUUACUUCAGCUUUCCUUUCUGGGUAUUAUAAUAAUCGGAAAUUUCAAUCUGGGCAACUGUGAUAAUCUGGGUUUUAGCCCCCCCAAAAAAUUGUUUUUCAGGUUGGGUUACAUCAGUAGUUUUUGUAUUGGGUUUGCUUCUUAGAUCCUGGGGACGGUAAUGCUUUGGUAGUUUUUAGGUUGGGAGCGCUGCUAUAGGCGCCUAGAACCAUUAUCCUAUAUCAGAAGAUAAAAUUUUCCAACACUAUUCUAGAGUUGACACUGAAAUAUUCACCCCACAUACUAGACUGACUAUGAAACGAAAACUCCUGUUUUCAUACUGCUGAUCAAUUUUCCCUAAAGUAGUAACCUAAUUCCAUACUAUUAGUAUGGGAUUAGGUUACUACUUUAGGGAAAAUUGAUCAGCAGAAUGGGCACAUUUAUGUUGUAUGCUUUCAAAAUGGCAUUGUUCAAGCAGAUUUGAGUGGUCCCCCCUCUCAAUCCUUCCAAAAUUUUCAGUGAUCCCCCCCUUUUAGGUUCUCAGUUACGACUGAUCCUCCCAAAAUCCUCCGACCCCCCCCAGGUGAUAAAUAAUGACCGGUCUCUAAACGUUUUCUGAAGACCCGUUUCUUCACAGCGUAGCCGCACAAGUAAUAGAGGAAAGUAGCCCAUUUAUUUAUUCAUUUCAAUCAUGCCUAGAAAACAUGUUGGAGUUGCCAUUUUUGCCUUCAAAAUGAGCUGCUAUCUAACACCUUAUGAUGUUAUAUCCCCUUAUUAUAGCAACCAAAACAUGGUUCCGAUGCACCGGCGACCAGCAACUUGCUUGAACCUUCUUUUUUCAUGUCACAUACCAGGCACUUAAUUAUCUAGACAACAUGGCUUUGAAACUGCUAUACAUGUGUAACAAUAAUUUCAAUUUACGUAAUAUCAUGGGUGACGAAAUACUUCUUAAUUUUGGCGCGAAAUUUCAAUGUUGAUUUGAAAUUUUACAUGUGAAAUUACAAAAUUGCCGUGGCAACCUUCCGUACAUCACAGUGCCAAGAUGGCGACGAAGUUUUAAAAUGUUAUGAAUAAAGAUGUCACAGGCAUUAAAAGACGCUUUAGAAAACCUAAACACAUGAAAGAGCACAUCAAGAAGGAUUCAAACAGAUAUUUUGUCGAAAAAUUCUCAACUUAAGGCCAAAUUUAAGCUCUAAAGUUUUCAGUGCGCGGAGUUCUAGAUUGAUGAUCAACUUUAUAAAGUUGUCCAAUACCAACGAUUGUGAGUGUUAUUCGUCAUCCAUAAUAUUAAUAGGUAAUAAAAUGGUAUACUCGUGAAACUGGGGAAUAAUCGGGAAAUUGUUAGGACAGUGGAGAAAACGCGCGUGAAAUUAUUCCCUAAUUUCACUCGUCACCAUUUGAUUACACAUACAUAAUUAACAGUCCAUUUUCUGAGUUCGCUAUGACCGCUGAAUUAAAGAAGUGAAGUCGCAUUUUUUACAGCCUUAACUUCCGUCGGAAGUAAUAUAUUCACAAAUUCCAACGAGAAAAAUUCCUGCUUAUUACUCUGUCUAUUGUGUAUAUUCAAAUUUCAAACACUUACACUUACACUUACUUGCCAGAAUUUCUGAAUAUUUUACUUUACGUCGAGGCUAACUCUGUUAAUCUGUCUGUUAAUGUUUAUAUUCAGCGGUAAUUUUUAAUUCGAAACUGGACUAUUCUGUCGUCUAGGGUUCAGAAAAGCGCGAGGUUCUUCAAUACCAUUACACAACAUGGCCUGACAGAGGUGUUCCAAAUCACGCCGCAGCCCUUCUGGCAUUUAGAUGGAAAGUUCACGUUAGGCAUCAAAUGACAGGACGACCAAUUGUUGUGCACUGCAGGUAAGCAGAGCUUAGAAAAUUGAGCAUAGGAUAAUGGCUGAGCUCCGAGGCCUUCUUAAAAAUAAUGACCGAGCGCGUAGAGCGUGGUUAUUAUUCUUAAGAGGGCCGAGGAACGAGGGUUUUAGAACCAGCAGGUCAUUAGUUUGGCCACUAAAGUUUAUUAUUCGUAGUAAUUACCACCUGUUCUACAUCAGGGACGAACUCUUCUAUUUAUUGAAAAUAAUAACCUGUUCAAAACAAUGCAAAGUUGCAUUAAUUUUUACAGCUAGUGUAACCGCUUUUAAUUUAUUCACAUUCUUUCAUGCAGACAUUAACCAAUCAGAAGUUGAGGACAGUUUCCAGCUGGCUUCUGACUGGAUAAAAUCUGCAUGAAAGAACGUGAAUAAACCAAAACCAGUCACACUUUUGGGCUCCUUUCUUUCUUUCGGGCAAGUCGUUAAAGUUAGCUGAGUAUCGUCCCUGGUCACAUACCUAUUCAACUACUUCUUCAUGAUUUCUCAAUUUAUAGGGCUUAUUAACCUGACUUCACUACCCUGAAACUUUUUUAAGUGUAACAAAAACGCCAAUUAAUUCAAGAUCCCCUUGUAACAAAAAAUUCACCAAAAAAGUGGUCUAUGCCUUGGCCGUUUCCUACUCAAUCACAAGUGUUCCUUCCGGGCUCACUCCGGUUAGCUUUCACUGUUAAGGGACAGUUGACUCCAAAGGAACACGAAUUCAAAGCGAAUGUGUCCAUAGGUUUCAUUUCUGUCAAGUGUCAUCUUCUUGAUCAACGCUGUUAUUAUUUCUCCAGUGCUGGAGUUGGCCGAACGGGAACUUUCAUCGGUAUUGACGCCAUGUUGGAGAGCGCGAAGAAACAGAACAGCUUGUUUAUUUAUAAUUACGUGCAAGUUAUGAGAAGACAACGCCCCCAUAUGGUUCAAAAGGACGUAAGCAAAUGUUUUUUGUUUUAGCUUAAUUUGUAAGUUCGUCUGCGAGCCAGCGCCGAAAUCCUUGUUCAGGGCCCCCAGUUGUGUACCAGGAUGGUUGGCCUGUUAAAAUAGACAUUAUUACAUUAGCCAGUCAGGAUAAAGGGAAAUUCAAAAGGCACUUGCGGUAAUUCGUUAACUGCGUCCGUCCGGGGCCAUAAAACGGAUUUCGGCGCUUAUUCGAGGAGGUAACUUGCUGGAGUUAGAUUACGUUUGCGACACAGGCUUCUUUGUAGUUGAGUGAUUUAUUAUUAUUAUUAUUAUUAUUAUUAUUAUUUCAAAAGGUUGAGUUUGAUCGUCCGGGUGAACGUAGUCCUGAAUAGGACUGUUGUUGUUGACAGUGACUGACGUUUCGACAACCUGUGCGGUAGUCAUCUUCAGAGUCAAAGUGAGUUGUAUCACGUCAGUUGAUGGUAUUAUACUCGGGUUAUUGAUCUGAUUGGUCAAUUAUGUCGCGAUGUUAUUGGUCGUCUGUCAGUUAAGCCGUGAUGUUAUUGGCUAUGAAGACUCGUAAUCAGUGAUUGGUGUGUUUCGAUCCGUCUAUUGUCGCAGUUAAACAGUCGUCUAUUGUUAGUCAAAUUGUUAGUUCUCCAGUUGUUCUCUCGUAGUUAGUUUUGCUUGAUCGCGUCAAUAAGUCGUUUGUACGGCGCUGGUAACUGUUGACUACGAUUCAGUGGCGUUUGUUCUAAGUUAGUAAACCAGCUUUCUAAAGUAAGAGGUUGAUAGUAGUCUGUAGAAUACGUUAUACAUGUCGCAGAGUCCCAGUCAAUUUGAUGUUUCGUCUUUAAAUGGUGCUCAGCAAUGUGAUUGUUGACGUCACCAUUCCUCGUCGCGCGUUUGUGUUCGGUCAGUCGCGUGCUUAGGUUUCUGCCGGUUUCCCCAAUGUAAGAAGCCUGGCAGUCGCAACAUUUGAUCUUGUAUACUGCUCCCUGUCUGUCCUCCGGUUUGUCUUUGUCCUUGACAUUAGUAAGCAGUCGCCGUAAAGUGGUUAUCGGUUUGUGCGCAACACGUAUAUUGUAAGGUUGUAAUAUACGUGCAAUAGUUUCAGAGGUGCCUCUGAUGUACGGUAUAGUCGCUGUCGUAACAGGGCCAGAGUUGGUCUGAGAGUUGGAAUCAGUGUUACUGUGAGUGUUCCGUCUAACAAAGUCCGUGUUGUAAUUGUUCUUACUAAAAACGUUGUUAAGAUAAUCAGUCUCGUCUUGUAGGCUGUCAGGUGGGUCGCAAACUAGUUGCGCUCGUCUCGUCAGAGUCCGCAUAGUAGUAGCCUUGUGAGAGGUCGGGUUGUACGAAGACUGGUCUAGUAAUCGGUCGGUAUGUGUCGGUUUUCUGUAAAUAGUCGUUUUUAGUUUGUUGUUGUCGCGAGUGACCAAGCAGUCUAGAAAAGGUAUCUUACCAUUUUCUUCGAUCUCCUUGGUGAACUGUAUGUCCGCGUUCUGUCUGUUAAGGUGUUCGUGAAAAUCGUCGAUUCCGUCUUUGUGUACGGCGGUGAAUGUGUCGUCAACGUAACGUAACCAAAGAGGUACAGUUCGCGUGUAGGUAGCUAGGGCUUGUUCCUCGAUGUUUUGCAUGACAAUUUCUGCUACAACAACAGAAACUGGAGAGCCCAUAGCUGUACCGUGUAACUGUUUGUAGUGUUUGCCGUUGUACUGAAAGUACGUCGAAGUCAAACAGAGGUUGAGUAGGUCCAUAAUGUCGUCUGUAGGUAGUGGUAGUUCAACAGUGGAGUUCUUAAUAGCGUUCUCAGUACAGUCUAGAGCCAGUUGAAGUGGAAUACUGGUGAACGGCGAUUUCACGUCAAAGGACACUAGUUUGUGGUCGUCCGGUAUCUGUAUUGUCUUAAUGGCGUCAAUAAAGUUCUCAGUAGACUGUAGUUUGUGUCUAGAUUCGUCAGUCAGCGGUUUCAGUACGUUAGUUAAGUAUUUAGACAAUUUGACUAACAAUAGACGACUGUUUAACUGCGACAAUAGACGGAUCGAAACGCGCCAAUCACUGAUUACGAGUCUUCAUAGCCAAUAACAUCACGGCUUAACUGACAGACGACCAAUAACAUCGCGACAUAAUUGACCAAUCAGAUCAAUAACCCGAGUAUAAUACCAUCAACUGACGUGAUACAACUCACUUUGACUCUGAAGAUGACUACCGCACAGGUUGUCGAAACGUCAGUCACUGUCAACAACAACAGUCCUAUUCAGGACUACGUUCACCCGGACAAUCAAACUCAACCUUUUGAAAUGACUCCUGGGUUCAAUCCUCUCACAUUAUUAUUAUUAUUAUUAUUAUUUCAAUCAAUAUUUAUCCAGGGGCAUCCAAUUUAGCAGAGCUAGUUUAAAUGGAGCCCUGACACAACACAAAAACAAUGAAAUUAAAACUAGACAAUUAAUUAACUUACAAAGGCAACAUGUAGCUUGAUUGUAAAUUCACUGAGGGUCUCUACUUGCCUAAUGAUUCUCGGUAGGGUGCUGUAGGUCCGAACACCAUUUAUUCUGAAGCUACCUUGGUAUUCAGUAGUUUUUAAUUUUAAUUCGGACCUGUCAGUGCAGCUGCUUAUUUAUUGGGCCUAUCAAUUCUCUAAUUCUUCCCCUUAAGGUGGCUCCGUAAUUAAUACAAGAGCAUUUAACUGUGACAAAUUUUCCGUCAUAACUUUUUGGUUUUAAACGCGAUGGCUGCGAAACUUGGCAAAGAACAACAGAUAUCAUUCGGCAAUAACACAAAAUAUUCCGAUUUCACUGAUGGUAAAUAUUUCAUGAGAAAUUUGGACCUUAGGAGCUUAAAAGGACCCUACUGUUCAAAGAAAAUCGCGUCUAGUAAAAAAUUUUGCUGAUAUUUUUUACUGAAAUUUCUGGUAUUGGCUUUAAUUGAUAUAAUAAAUAUGCCACAGGAAUUUCAGAAAAAUCGUUGGAGCAGAAGUCCGUAACUAAAAGUCGGUCAAAAUUCAGCUGUGAAAUUGUUUUGGAAUUUCAAAAAUAAAUUACUAUCAGGUAGAAGGAACCACCAGUUUCAAUUUUCGGGACAAGUAAAUUCAACGUUUGCUAAUUCUUAAAACAAAAGCCGAUUGCCUAUCGUGCUAUUCCUUGAAAGGUACUUUUUAGUUUUAGAAGAACUAUAAAUUGCUCCAAACCUUGCUCUGAAGUAGAAUGACUUGUUCGUCGACAGUUUUAAAAUAUCCCUUGGCAGUUUUGGCUCAAACUCCUGCUGCAUACAUUUUGAUGUAUUGCCAUGCAUUUUCAACGACUUUUACUGCCGUUCGUUGCUUCCAACUCAGGAAAAAAGUAUUGAGAUUGGACGCUACCUCGUAUCAGAGCUCAGAAAGAACUGUCCAGCACCUUUCUUUAUGACUACAAAAUGAGCACGAGCGGCAGUUUUGCGUGGAAUUCGCACCUCACCCAGGGGGGACGAACGACAAUGAUGACCAUGCUUGUGAACCAAAUAACAUCACAGUGCAAUACAUGUUUAUACAGAUCGGUUCACAGACAUGGGCAUCAUUGUCACUCGUCCCCCCUGGCUGAGGUGCGAAUUCCUCGCAGAGCUGCCGCUCGUGCUCAUUUUCUGGUCAUAAACAAAGGUACUGGACAGUUCUAUCUGAACUUCGACACUAGGUAGCUUACAAUCCCAAUACCUUUUUCCUGAAUUGGAAACAACGUACAGCAGGAAAAGCCGUUGAGGAUGCUUUGCAGUACAUCAAAAUGUAUGUAGCAGGAGUUUGAACCAAAACUGCCAAGGGAUAUUUUAAAAAUGUCGAGGAACAAGUCAUUCGAUGUCAGAGCAAAGUUUGGAGCAAUUUAUAGUGCUUCUAAAACUAAAAAGUACCUUUCAAAGAAUAGCACGAUAGGCAAUCGGCUUCUGUUUUCAGAAUUAGGAAACACACUGAAGUUACUUAUCCCGAAAAUUGAAACUGGUGUCUCCUUCUUCCUGAUAGUAAUUUAUUUUUGAAAUUCCAAAACAAUUUCACAGCUGAAUUUUGAGCGACUUUUAGUUACGGACUUCUGCUCCAACGAUUUUUCUGAAAUUCCUCUAGCAUAUUUAUUAUAUCAAUUAAAGCCGAUACCAGAAAUUUCAGUAAAAAAUAUCAGCAAAAUUUUUUACUAGACGCGAUUUUCUUUGAACAGUAGGGUCCUUUUAAGCGCUAAUUUCUCAAGAAAUAUUUACCAUCAAUGAAAUCGGAAUAUUUCGUAUUAUUGCCGAAUGAUAUCUGUUGUUUUUUGCAAAGUUUCGCAGCCAUCGCGUUAAAAUCGAAAAAGUUAUGACGGAAAAUUUGUCACAGCUAAAUGCUCUUGUGUUAAUCACGGAGCCACCUUAAACACUGGACGAAAUGCAAUGAAACUUGACCCUUAUUUAAGAACAUCAUCUCCCUUUCCUUUGGUUUUGUUAAAAGACCUGUAUUACGGGAAACGCGCCCUCUAGGUAAUCACCCCAAAGGAUUCAUUGAUGGCCCAUUUGCCCGGAGAUAAACAAAAGGAUAGGCGUGGGGAUUCAAUUGCCACUUAGCCAGGUUUUCAAAGCGCCUUUCGACUAGAACACGUUCUUCAGUUGCCGUUGUAACAAGUUCUGAGUUUGCUGGGGUCAUCAGCGGCGCCCGUAUCCCCUUAAUAUGGCCUUCAUAACUCGACAUGAGCAUUUUGUAUAUGGCUAAGUAUAAACAAUUGCACUAAGUGAUGAUGACUCCAAUUCAGAAUUGACCUAAAUCAGCAAUAUCCUCGUGACAUAUCUACAAGCGGGUUUUCUCUUUCCCUCACCCCUCAUAUAUAUGGGGAAAUGGAUUUGCAUGUCAGGGAGUUAGGGAGCAAAAAAUGCUAUUGGACUAUUAGCAAAGAAAUCCUGUCAUAAUGAUACAAUAAACGAAGAUUGGAUUUACAGGAAAGAUGAAUAAGUUAUUAAACACAAUUUUUCGAUUUCAUCCUUGCGAGAGAGGAGGACAUGUUCAAGAGAAGAGUUAGGGAGGCCAUCGAAAUAUUUUGUCAGGUUCCAAUAUUGAACAGGGAAGCUUGUUACGAGCACCCCGCGAUCUAUCGGGACGUUUUGUCACGUGAUUCACAGUAUAAAUCACGUGACAAAAUGACCAAAUCCAUCACUUGAAAAAGAUACCGCGAUGGAAUCGAAAGCUUGUGUUUAAUAAGUCACCGUAAAAUUCCGAAAAUAAGCCCUGGGGCUUAUAUUUUUCAAAGGCCCUUUUUGAGGAGCUUAUUUUUGGAGGGGCUUAUCUACGGAGGGAAAUUUGCGUUUCAAAAUCGAUCGGGCUAGCCUUAUAGUUGGAAGUGAAUUUACCGUUUUUGCUUUGUUUUACUUUGUAUUUGAGGGCAAUUUCCAAGUACAAGCCCUCGGGGGGCUUAUAUUUGGAGGGGCGAUUUAACGGAGGGUUUUUUGCGUUACGAGUUUGCGGGGCUUAUACACGGAGGGGCUUAUUUUCGGAAUUUUACGGUAUUCAUCUAUCCAGUAAAUUGAAUCUUCUUUUAUUAUGUCAUUGUUGGAUUAAUUUAUCUCCGGGCUAACUUGCUAAGUAUGUUACGUAAUCUACGAGAUGCCGCCCAACACUACAAUAUCACUUGUACGUUUAAUAAAUCCACUUUAUUCUCUUUCAGGAGCAAUAUGUGUUUUUACACCAAUCUGUGAUGGUAGCUCUGGUCUGUGGGAAUACUGAGGUUUCCUCUCACGACUUACUGAUAAGAAUGAACAAACUCGCCAGAGUUAAUAAAACUUCUAAGCAAACAGGAUACGCUGAAGAACUAAAGGUAUCAGUAGCUUAAAGUUGAGAUAAUUAUCAUUAUCAUUAUUAUUAUCAUUAUCAUCAUCUUCAUUACACUCAGCUGGAUGGUUUGCUGGAGUAUACCUGUGCAAACAUCAAGCCACCGCCUGUGGCCUCAGGUAUCUAAGACUUUGCUGAUGAUCGUUGCUGUUCCCAGUAAUUGAGCACCCUCUCUGUCCACUUACCACUGUCCUAUAUCUUGUCUCCUCCUCCUCCUCCUUCUCCUCCUCCUCCUCCUCCUCCUCAUCCCUCAGAGCAAACGAGGGACUACUCGUAGUCUACGCGAAAACGUGUCCCCGGUAGAAAGGUCACUCUCCUACCCGAUCCACCCUGGGUGGGCCAGCUUUUCCCACAUUUCAUUACAAAACUUGUUGAACCCGUUUACAUGAGAAACAAAGUGUUUGCUCGGCUAAAAGGGGGACCCGCCUGGCUGGGUCACUCUUUUAUGGUGGUAGAGUCAUCCUUCUUACCAGGCCAUUUCUUUUCCUUAUAAACACUUUGGCUCAUCCAACCGGGUCAACCCGAUCAAGGCGAGAAAAUCAGAGCGUGCGCAAGCUCUGUUGCCAGCUUUUGGUUCGGGCAAAGGAGUCAAUUUUAUUCUCAUAUAAAAAAACCGCUCAAGUUGACUCGGCUGGGAGGGUGCCCUGUACCUUCUUUCAGGGGACAACUUUUCUCUACCUAAACAGGUCCUUAUGAUGCCUACAUAUUUAAUACAAUGUGUGAUCAAACAAAAAACGGGAAAAAAAUUCCGAUAAGCUGGGUGGCACUUCAGAACUAAGUGAGGGAAUGUUUAAAGGGAACCUCCACUCUUACCACAGAAUAAGUUUAAAUCGAGUAAAAUUAUGUUGAUAAACAAAUUUGUUCGAAAUUUGUCCUUAAAAAAAGUGUUUAUAUCAGGAAAAGUGAAUUUUAAAAUCGCUUAUUUUCACUUUCAAAUUUCGCAGGCGCCGCCAUCUUGAAUAAUUGUGACGUGUUGCGGUUGCUCUAUUGUUCUGACACAAAGAGCUUUUGUUUAAUAACAAUAGGGCAACCGUAACACUUCACAAUUAUUCAAGGUGACGACGCCCGCAAAAUUUAAAAACAAAAAUAGGCGAAUCUAAAAGUUAUUUCUUUCGGAUACAAACGCUUUCUUUAAAAAUAUUUUAGAUUGACUUGACUGUAACAGUUAUUUCCUGUGAUUUAAAGUUAUCUUUUUGUUGAAGUGGAGGUUCCCUUUAACAAAAAAUACUGAACAAUAGUACCGUCUUGUGGUGUAAGUUCCUCUCCAAACGUUUCGGGCUUGGUCCUUCAUCAGUGGAGUUACAAGUACGUUGGAAAAACGCAUCGGAAGCGCCUGAAGAUGCGCCUUAUUUUUCAGCUUGGCACCAGUCAUCCACGCGGCUUUAACUCCGACUUCCAUAUCCUCUAGGCCACGGGCAGAGCCGCUCGCGCACUACAAUUUUUUUUUUGGUGUUUAUUUUUUCUUCAAUGGCGUAUGCAAAACCAUGCAAAGUUUGCAAAGUACUUGCAACUCCACUGAUGAAGGAUCAGGCCCGAAACGUUUGGAGAGGAACUUAAACUACAAGACGGCACUUUUGUUUAAAAGUAACUACGCCUUUUAGUGUCUGCAGAUAAUCGGUGAUUUUGAAGGAUCUGAAGAAGAGUCAACGGUGGCGCUUCAACCGGCCAACAUCAAGAAGAACAGGUUUCCGGAUAUCCUUCCAUGUGAGCCUAUUUCAACUGUUCGUUUCCAAUACUCAUUAUAAGGCAUGAUUCUUGUUAUAUAUUUAAUAGUUACAAUGAGUAGUUAAAUUGGGGCUAUGUUGGCCAUUUUUUUCCCUCCGUAGUGGAUAAUGGUCGACUGAUUUUAAAGUCUUCUGAACCGGAUAAAGAUUACAUCAACGCUUCAUUUGUUGACGUAAGUACAUAAUCAUUGCAUUUUGGUGGGAUAGUCUUUAACAUCCAACAAAUGACUCAAUUUUUCUAGCUGCCAUUGCGUUACUUACGAAGAAUAUCGUCGUUGUAAAAUACAGUAGCAGUGGAUCAAUGAUCUCUGUAGACUGAAUUUCCAACAAUUCUCCGAGCAUUGUUGAAUGAAUUUCUAUUUUCAAAAUAAUUAUAACCAUCCGUCCUGAAAUUCUUAUUAUUCUUUGAAAUUAACAAAUAUUCCCAGCAGUUUAAUUCAUUAUUGCUUUCGAGUAUGCAAUAAAUUCUAAGAUUGAGUAAGUGUGUCAUCAUUCAUCAUACUUUUCAUCGCGCGGGGAAGGAAGAGGGAGGUGGAGUGAAGGGAGGGGGGGGAACAAGACAGGUUUUGGUCCAGGCUGUUGAGGGAAGGAGGUAGGGUGAUUUACCCAUCCCCUCCCUUUAACUGAUGCAGACAGAAUCCUUAGCCGUUACCCAAAAACCCAAUAACGCUGAAGAACGCUUGAAAUCACCAAGCACCGUCCUCUCCAAAGACUCGCCUGCCAUUUACGCUUUGAACUUCCCAAUCUUUCACUCUUUCUUUUGUGCGAUAGGACUAUAUCCGACGUGACGCGUACAUUCUGACUCAAGCUCCAUUAGACAACACCAUUAAUGACUUUUGGCGCAUGGUAUCACAGUAUGAUAUUGGGACGGUGGUGAUGCUCAACAGCCUGGAAGAAGGAAAAGAGGUCAGUCUGUGAAUAUAUCUUCUCUCAGCUUUGACUUGAAUUCGAAAAAAAUAUCCCAGGUUGGUGUAUAGCAUUUUUUUUUCUGAGGAGAUCAUUUUACCUGUAAUCACUAUGUGGCAAUGCUACCCUUUUCGCAAUCAGUAUCACCACUAGUAGUUUGCAUGGUCAGAAUUAAACCUGUUUAUCUCGGUAUAGCGAAAAGCUCGUCAGAGUAAUGCUUCCAUCAGCAGCUUCUCGAGUCGUUCAUCGGAGGAUAGAUCAGCUCGAGAGUUUCUAACCUGUCGGUAACAAGGGGCAGGAAAAGGCCAUGCGAGGCUGCGUUCGAUAUCUUGAAGAAGUUCCUUCACAUCGCCAGCCUGCCUGCAAAUAAACAGCAGCGAAAAACAACCAAACAAAAACGAUAACAAAGACGGCGACGACGACGAUUAGUAAUGAUUUCAGAUUCAAGUUUGGUCGAAUUUUACAUUUACAUGUAUGUCCUUUGUCGUGAAUUUUAUGAACUACUUUUAGGUCUACCCACAAUACUGGCCUUCUAAAGGAAGUACUAGGUAUGGGAACAUCACUUUAGAGAUGCUUUCAGAAUCUACAGCGAACGGAAUCACGACCAGGAAGAUCAGUAUAGCAAAUACCGAGGUAUUUCUAUCUACCUUUCUAACUUAUUCAUAGAAUGGAUCUGUCACUGUUGUUUAGUUCAUUUUGUUUAGAAUGCCUGUCACGCAUUCUUAUUCGUUUUGAAACUUACCAUGAAUGACAUUAGUUUAGGUUUCUGGGAAACUGCCCACCUACCCCUCCCUUAAGCCAACAUUUUGCCCUACGUGAGAAGUAAGUGUUAACGUUGGAAUAGGGGGAAGGGUAGGUGUGCAGUUUCCCCCAGAAACCUAAAUUGAUCUGUCAAACAAAGUAGGUCUCCCAAGCAUUAAUUAAGCAGUUGUUAGAAACAACAAGAACAGAACUUAAGCCAACAAGUUUUCAAAAACUACAAUUGCUAUUCGUUUCAAUCUUCUUUGAGUUUUUCCGUCUGUGUUUCCUUUUGUAUUUGUUUUGUCAUUUAUACCCUCUUUUAACAUUUUGAACGGUUAUUUUAAUGUUUCACUCAAAUUGGCAGCGGUUCCCACAGUUUGAAUUUUGAUAAAUUUCGUGACACAGCUCCUUUGAGUCCGUAAUUAAGUGUUUUAGCAGUAUAAACAAGUAUUGCUGGUUUAAACGUGACGUCACGGCGGCCAUGUUGGUGGUCAAGAACAAAAGCAUUUCUCUCCUCUGGGAACGAAACUCUAUUUUCAUGUUAAUUCUUCGAGGAAAUAUUCUUUUGUUUUGACCCCCAACAUGGCCGCCUUGUCACGUGGUUGCAAACCAAAAAUACGUCACUUCUGUGUAAAUACGCUAACCCGCCCAAAUCUUAGAAAGCUAUAUACCUGAGGCACCUUUAUUUCUUUUAGUCUCUCAUCUGCACGUUAUCUGUUUUCAUUAUCUGCACAUCACUAGUCAGUUGUUACUAUACAGGAUCAAUAGAAGGCAGCAUUCUAGGUGAUUUCGAUGUUAUGAUAAUGUUGCGCAGUUGCACUGGGAGUAUCAUUAUAUACCUAAUUCAAUAAAGGUUGCUUUGGUAAUUGGUCAUUGGUGAUUAGGCAUGGGGUAUUGGAUAUAGAGCGUUUUCACUCACGUGACCAGCAUUUAUGCAAUUUUAUUGGAACAAAAGAACGCGUUUACACAAGAAAAGAGUUCAAUUCCCACAGGACUGGUUUGGAACAACAUCAUAGCCGCCGUGACGCCAUGUGAAAACGCUGUAUACCCAUAUCAUUGCAAUGAUUGGUUUGAGUAACCGCUCCUGGUAACCGCCAAACAAUAGCUUCCCGGGGAGCAAUUGCCCAAUGCCCAAAGCAGCCUUACUGAAUCAGGUAUAUAUCUCAGCGAAAACUUUUCACUUGACGGUUUUUUUAGCCUCCCAAGAAAAAUUCGACGGUUCAGCACCUACAGUUCACUGCCUGGUCAGACCCAAACUCCUGCCCAGAUCCCCAGGAAAUACUUCGUUUAUUGACCGCCGUGCAGAAGUCUCAGCAACAAACAGGAAAUGGAACAAUUGUUUUUCAGUGCAGGUACGAGGGUCAACACUUAUUUGAAUGAGGCAUGGGCAUAUAAAUAAGUAAAUAAAUAAGCUCUUUAUUAAUUCAAAAAAACGUUCCAAAUAGCCUCAGCCACAGAUUGCUCGGCACCUUUUGGCAACUGUUGCUAUUUGGAGCAACUUUCUGGCAACUUUUGCCAUUUGGGGCAGAAGAUCUUGAUCCGAGAGGGCAGUAGUUUUAAAUUGCAUUAUUGUACUUCACUGGCUGUCAUUUUGAUUUUAAGGAAAAACUUUUGACCAAUUUUUUAGAAAAGUCGGGCAACUUUUAAAGAAUUUUGGGGCAACGUUUAAGAACAUUUGGAGCAACUUGAGGCUGAGGGUAGUUCCAGAUUACAAUUGACAAUUAGACAAAAUUGACACCUGUUAAUAAAACACCGUUUAAAACGGUACACAGGAACGACCAUGACUCCUUACUAAUCUUGUUUCACUGGGUGGGAGGAGAUCUACCAAAGGGCAGUCAGUAGAAUUUGUAACGCUCCUCCAUAACUAUUAUCUGAGGAGUCUAGAAAGCUUAAAAUCGGCGUGGCCUCCUUGAGAAAGCCAAGACGAACUGCUCUCUCCUGAAACAUCAAUUUAGGAAAGACACUUACUAUAACUUACUUCGUCCUAACUUUCUCCCUCUUUUCUACCUUCACUUUUAGAAUGGUUUGACCAAAAACAUGUUUCAUAAGAUAAAUUGAAAACAGUUUAUUUUUCUCAAAGAAUUGUAAUAAACUUGAGUAGCGGAAUGUCGUUUGGUUGAGUGGAUUUGGAAGGAUCCUAUAAGUUAGUACCUCAGUCUAAAACAGGCUUAUGAUCAGAGGAUAACUUUGCGAGGGUUUGUAGUGGAUACAUUCCUAGGACAGCUUGCGAGGCAACUGGUGCAUGCUCCAAACUUGCUGAUUUGAAGUUCUUAGCACGGACAGUUGUUGCACUGGGUCAAGAAAACCUACCGUUUUUAGUAAAAUGAGCUCUUUGUUUGCCCAGUCCCAAUGCUUUUCUUGGGACCUGACAUGGCGUAUUUGUAUCACCCGACUUACCACCUGGAAAGAUCCUAUUGCUUCCAUAUUUGGACUAAACAAAUCCUUUUUCUAUUUUUUUUUUCUACAGCGACGGUGUUGGACGCAGUGGAGUCGCAGCAACCGUAAUGUCCGCGAUUGAAAAACUCAAAAACGAACAAACUGUGGAUGUGUUACAGACGGUCAAUCUGAUUCGCGUAAAAAGACCCUUUGCUGUUUCAAAUGUGGUAAGAUAAACUGCUUAAAAGUACGAUCUUCGAACCCUCUAGACUUCUUUCUGUAGUUUUGUGUUGUUGUUGUUUUUUUGGGGGAGGGAGGGGAGCGGGGGUCUGUUUAACCUUUUCCAGGCGUUCAGAUAGUAGAGCGCGGGCGAAAAAUUAAAGAGGAAAAAACAAAAAAAGAGGGAAGACAAGUCUCCCCUCCUUUUUUUCCCGUCGUUUUCCCAGCGUACGAUUUAACUCUCUCUCUCCACCAUCUGAACGCCGCGCUUUAUUAUCGGAGCGCCUGGAACAUAAAAUAAACUGUACAGGGAAAAGGGAAUGCAUAUAUGAGGAAAUAUGCGCAUCGAGAAAGACUGUGACAGCAUGCUUUAUUUCAUAGUGUUAACAUUAUUUAUAAUCGAUAUUGUUUAUCACUUUUAGGAGCAAUACAUGUUGUGUUACAAGACAAUCCAAGCAUAUUUGGAUUCCUUUGGCGAAUAUGCGAACUUCUCAAAGCGAUAGUCCUCUGGAUUACAAACGGCUUAUUCUUAUUCUUUCUCGUCCUUGCAUUUUUGACACAGGUCCUAUACACAGGUCCGCACUUCACGAGACUUUCACCCACCUUAACUAGUCAAAGAUGAGUUUUUGCACAGCCGCUCUAAGUUAGGGAGGUUUAAAUUUUAAAACAAAUAUGAUUAUACUACAAGUGUGAACGCAGCUUAGUCUUGUAGUUUAAUUUAAAAUGACGUUAAACAUCUACGCAGGAGCGACAAAUCAGAAUUCAUAAAGGAGAAGAAGAGGCUAACAUAUAGUGAUUUGAAUUAAUCAUUUUUGAGCUUAACUACUUAAAUUUUCGUGGAGUG